AUGGAGUUCACAAAGCGAGAAGGCUACAGCGCCAUGGAUCUUUUCUACGAAGCCCUCACUGAUGACCUCGCCCGAUACAGCCUGCUCGCUCUCGGCUGUGCCGCCGCUGCAUACUACAUUUGGAAACUGGCCAACCGAUUCUCCGAACACUUGCGACGACUAUCAAGUUUCGGAGAUGACAGUCAGCGAUAUUUCGUCCCAGCCCAUGAGAAGUUUUCUUGGAUUAAGAAUCACUUGAUAUAUGCCCCUCUGUUUCGGAACCGUCACAAUCGCGAGAUGCAACUUUCGCAGGCCAUUAACAUGGGUACACUUCCCAGUCGCUUUCACGGGCUCCUGGUUAUAGGUGUUGUUGCGAUGAAUGUUAUUCUUUGCGUGGUCACUAUUCCAUAUGCGUCAAGUGAAAGUACCACCGCUGGUAUUGUUCGUAAUCGCACUGGUACUAUGGCUACUGUGAACCUUAUUCCCCUCGUCUUGAUGGCGGGGAGAAACAAUCCCUUGAUCGCUAUGCUUCAUGUGCCGUUCGAUACGUGGAACCUUCUUCAUCGGUGGUUGGGACGUAUUGUGGUUCUAGAAGCUCUUGCGCAUACGUUUGCUUGGGCGAUUCCCAAGGCUCAGGCUGGAAGCUGGAGUGCUGUGGGUUCUUAUAUUGCUGGAAGUAGCUUUCUACUCUCAGGCCUGGUUACCACUUGCACUUGUAUUGGACUUUUGCUGCACUCACCGUCACCCAUUCGCCAUGCCUUCUACGAGACAUUCAUUCACUUGCACUUUGCCCUCGCAGCUGUUACCAUGGGCUUCCUUUGGGUCCACUUGAAUGGAAUGGCCGCUCAAAACUAUUUGCUGGCCGCUAUAAUUCUAUGGGCGCUGGAGCGCGCAACUCGUCUGUUUAUCAUCAUGUACCGAAACCUCGGUCGCGCAUCCACCACUGCCACUAUCGAGGCAAUGCCUGGCGACGCAAUGCGUAUCACUUUACGACUUGCCCGACCAUGGAAGUUCCGCCCCGGUCAACACAUCUAUCUUUACAUCCCAGCCGUUGGAUGGUGGACAUCUCAUCCAUUCUCCGUAGGCUGGAGUGAAGAUGAAGACACGAUGUCGGACGAGAAGUCCCUGCCGAUGGCCCAGCAAGACCUAAUUGGUGCGCCUCAGAAGACAACCAUCUCGCUUCUAGUCCGCCGCCGAACAGGUAUGACCGACAAGCUCUUCCAGCGUGCCUCCAACGCCAUGGGCUCCCGCAUCACCCUCCGUGCCUUCGCGGAAGGUCCCUAUGGCAAUAUCCACUCCAUGGACUCCUACGGCACAGUUAUGCUUUUUGCUGGUGGUGUCGGCAUCACCCACCACGUGCCAUUCGUCCGUCAUCUCGUGGCUGGCUUUGCAGAUGGUACGGUCGCUACACGCCGGGUCACUCUUGUUUGGAUCAUCCAGUCUCCAGAGCACUUGGAAUGGAUUCGUCCCUGGAUGACAAGUAUCCUGGCCAUGGACCGCCGGCGAGAAGUCCUUCGCAUCAUGCUGUUCGUGACGCGUCCCCGCAACACCAAGGAGAUUCAGAGCCCAUCCGCUACAGUGCAGAUGUUCCCUGGCCGACCGAAUAUUGACACUCUUGUCGGUAUGGAAGUUGAAAACCAGAUCGGAGCGAUGGGUGUCCUUGUUUGCGGCAACGGAAGCUUGAGCGAUGAUGUUCGUCGCGUUUGCCGGAAGAGACAGUCCAAGUCCAACCUGGAUUAUGUGGAGGAAAGCUUUACUUGGUAG